AUGGCAUCCUAUCUCGACCCAAUCAACCGCAAGUUUGCUGAUGCGGCUGCCGCAGCCACGGCACAGGGCACUCUCAACAUGAUCUUCUAUACACAUGGUGGCGGAUGGAUCCUUGGAAGCCCGACCACCCACGGCGCUUUGAUGGAAGACAUAGCACGCCAAACUGGUGCUGCGGUUGUGUUCCCCUACUACACUCCAGCUCCCGAAGCACAGUACCCUGUCCAGUUUGAGCAAGUAUAUGGCGUUCUUGAGCACUUCGCAACAAACGGAGACAAGUACAACAUCAACGUCAAUCAAAUCGGUCUCGCUGGUGAUAGUGUUGGCGGUCACAUGGCCAUAGCAAUGACACAGCUCGCCCAGAGCCAUGGUCUUUCUUCCCAGAUCGGUCAGAUCGUCCUCUUUUACCCCGUCACAGACACAUACAGUAAGUCUGAGACGUACAAGACCUUCAAAGAUGGCCCCUACUUGUCUGAGAAGACGAUGGACUGGAUGAUACCAGCUUUUCUACCUAACAAGGAAGAUCGAAAGCUCCCGUUAACUUCACCUCUACAAUUCGCACCAGACGAAGUUCUCUCCAAGUUCCCACCAACUACUAUAUUCGUGUCUGGUGCGGAUCCGUUGAUUGGAGAGGGAGAGGCUUUCGGCCACAGGCUACAGGAGUUAGGGGUCGAUGCUUCGGUUAUCAAAGCAGAUGGGCAAGUACACGACUUUGUCAUGUUGGCUCCUAUCAGGGGAUCCCCUACUGCCAGAGCUGUGGUCGAGCUAGCCACUGUGAAGUUACUAAAGGCAUUUUCUGACAACUGA